GCGGAUGAGGCCCCGAAGUACGGUUUCCGGGGGCGAGGAUCGGAUUUCCUCUUCCCUGCAGCGUGUGUGCAUGUUGAUUCGAGGCUGUCGUGUGUAGAAGCGGGGUGUGAUCCUCGUCUACGGGUGCAUCCUCCGACACAGGAGGGGGGUUGUGGCGAGGAGGAUAAUUGGGUCACGGUGCAUCGGGGAAAUGUUGCGUCGGGAUUAUACAUUGCCCAAGACCGGGUUUGUUCGUGAUGGUCUAGCGCAGAAGCAUCGUGUCUUCUGUUUUGAGACGGAGGCGGCGGGGGUCUUGCAGGGACUGGGGUUGGGGUGUCUGAUUGUUCGUGGUGUCGAGUCGUAUUGCGACUCGCAUCGGAAUGAGAUGUGGCAGGGCUUAAUGCUGCUGGGGUGGCGGCGGCAUAGGCGAGGGAUGUGUGUUUGCAUCUUGGUCCGGGAGUGGGUGGUUUAUCUGUCUCAACGCGACGGCAACGGAAGGUCCCGAUUAGGUCCGGUCCGAGUUGCGAGGUGUAUCAGGGGACAAGGAGACUGAAGACCGGCCAUUGGGGUUCUAUCAUUUUUCUGGGAAAGAUCGACG